AUGGCUUCCGCAACAUCAAUGCCCACUAUGGGCAUACAGAACAUGUCGCUCGACAAGCAGAAUAGCACACCAGCACGUACAAACGAGGACAGCCCCUCGCCUUCAUCAGCUCAGUUCUGGACCGAUCUCAUCCGCAAGAACUUGAUCACGGAGCAAGCGAUUCAGAUGGAGAACAAUGAUGGUGAGGAUACCGUCUUCAGCAUCGACGAGGAGAUCAUGAAUGCUCCUCGACGGAAAUCUGCUCGUGAUGCUCUCGCUCAUGAAGUCGCGGCUCGACUGUAUCCUGACCUUGCUGAGAGUCUAGCGGCCAUCAUCAAGUACGAGAAAGACAUUGUCGUGCUCAGGUCCAUGGUACUGGCGCAGCGGCAAGCAGUAAUUGCAGAGGCGACCGAGCGCAACAACCGCGUCAACUGGGUGAAACGUAUCACUAAGCAGGGCUGGUGGGAUGAAAUCCACGACUCUCUCCCUUUGACUGGUGCUCCAUCGCUGCCAAUGCCCGUCGAGCAGUCCGGCAAAGAGUCACUUGCGCCAUUCUUCGCUCAUCUGCAGAACGGCGGCACCGUCAAGCUCGACCCAGCUUCAUCAGGCGGCGUAUCAGGCGUGGAGCCCUACUACGACACCGAGCUCGUCGAGUUCGAGAAAGGCGUGCUCUAUUCUGACGGCCGCAUUGACCUCUGCAAAAUGGUCACGGGUCCAAGAAAUAUCGGGGACCUCAUGGAGUCGUUGAAGUCAAACACCUUCUCGAAACACUUCCUGCUCGGCAAUAAUAUCAUCGGCUCGACGGGUGCGAAAGCCAUCGCCGACUUCAUUGGUGAAAUUCCGGAGCGGUUCGAGACAUGGUAUCUGGCCGGAAAUUGCAUCGACAGCCAAAGCUUUACCCAGCUUGUCAACAGCAUGGUCAUGUCUACCACGAUCACGAAUGUGUGGCUCAAACGUAAUCCUCUCGGCCCGUCGGCUGCGAACGACGUCUUCCGCCUGAUCACCCAAGCACCCAAUUUGAGGACCUUGGAUCUCGACCAGACUGAGCUUGGUGACGAGGGCGUUGCGGAGCUCUUCAGACAGCUGUCUGUACAUUCACAAUUCAAGCCGCUUGCUCUGCGGAACAUCUACUUGAAUGCAUGUGGUAUCAGUACAUCCGCAUGCGAGCAGAUCGCUCGGUUCCUGCGGUCGCCGCACUGUACGGUCGAGUCACUGUACCUCUCCAACAACCCCAUCGGCGACGGAGCUGCGAAUGUCCUCGCAAUAGGUCUGGCCCAGAACAACACCCUGCAGCGCCUGUCCCUGCAAUCCUGCGGUCUCAAAGACGCCGGUGCCAUCGCGAUAGCCUCAGUCCUCGUCAACAACCCCACCAUCACCGCCCUCGACCUCGGCCAGGCGUACGCCACCGAGGACCUGGGCAUGCGCUUCAACUGGCUCACCAACGCCUCCGCGCCUGACCUCAUCUCUCUGGUCCAGACCACCAAGCUCCAAUACCUCAACAUCGCGUACACGCCCAUGACCCAGCCGGCCCUCAACACCCUCCUCACCGCCAUCACCACCUCGGAAAGCCUCCUCUGGUUCUUCGCCAAAUCGCUCGUAACCGGUGGCCGCGACCACGACAGCGUUAAAGCCGGACAGGAGCACGCGAGGCUGUACAAGCUGGUGCGCGAGAGAUUACACGAGAACGUGAAAGCGAAGUAUGAGGGGAUGGCGUACGAGGCGUUCGAGAACGGGUUCAAGCGGUUCCUGAUCAGUCCGAAGGAUGUGAGGUUGAUUGACUCGGUGUAUCGGAAUCGUGAUGCUGGGGCGGCGAGGCGGGGGGAGAAACGGUUGGAGAAGUGGUGGGGGGAGGGGGAUGAGACGCUGAGGAUGGUGCAGGAGGGGACGUUGGCUUAA